ACCCCGCUAAGUUGCCCUGCCAGAGAAGAAACACGAGCCGCCGUUGUUUGGCAGCCGCCGAGGACGACCGGUGGACCGUGUUGCUGCUCCCCGGCGGACGAGGCGGAGCGCUGAGGCGGAGCGCUGAGGCCGGGCUUCCCACUCGGAGUCUCUGGAAAAAGGUGGAGAAACACCGGCUGCGUGACGAGGUGAGACCGGGAUGAGAGAGAGCGGCUCUGGCAGAGAAGGAAAAUAGAGAGAAAGGAAGGAGAAACUGGGGUUGCAGCCAUAACUCUAAAAAAAAGACAAAAUAAAACCAACAAACGGGAGUGGUAGAAUCUCUGAUGAAAAAGAAAUCUGUUUGGAGGAAAACGUGACGAAAGGGAGAGAGAGAUAGGAAAAGAAGACAUUAAAAAAGAAGAGGAAAGUUCAAUGAAAAGAUGAAAUCGAAGCACGGUCGGCGCUCACCGCCCUCCACCCGGGCCAAAGGGGGGAAGCGACGAGGAGGGGAUGCCCCGGAUGAGGGGGAGAAGAGAUACCCAGACAAUCACAGAGACAGAAGCAGGUCCCCCAAAAAUCAAAACUCCUCCUCCUCCUCCUCUUCAUCAUUUUCUUCUUCUUCUUUGCACUCUGAGUCAUCCCAGGAGGAGCCACUCAGGACACGGGCCACCCCGGAGAGGGAGGGGCUCCACAGGGACAGAGAAGGCCAAAGGCUGUCAGAGACGACCCCAGAUGCUCUGGUCGAUUCUGGGAAAUUGGCAGCCUCCGCUGAUGACAGAGUAGGGCGGUCAGGGGUGGGCAGUGCCGGCCACAGUGAUAGCUGUAGUAGUAGUUGCAGUAGUAACAGUAAUAGUAGUACCCCGAGCGCCAACAACAGUCCAAACCCCGCCUCCAGUCGAAAGACGGCGACGUUUAAGGCACGUGUGCCCAAGAAGAAGUACACCUCUGAGCACUGUUCAUCCAAUGCAGCUGGUAGCCAUAGUAAUCCCACUUCUGACACACCCCCUCCUCCUCCUCCUCCUCCUCCUCCUACUGCUACUACUACUACUACUGCUUCUUCUCUGACUGGUGGGAGCCUUGGCAUCGUCAGCCAGACGCCGACAGGAAGGGAUGUUGCUGGGUCAAACACAGAAAACAACAGUCAGAACAGGAGACCGAUGGAGGACUUUAAUAGGACAAGGACAGUUUUGGUGCCUCAUGACAGUUCCCCAGGACCUCCCACCCUGUCCCUGGCAGGGGAGAGGGACAGGCUGGAGUACGGGGAGGUGGGGGUGAGAGAUGUGGAGAGAGUCGCUCCCAGCCCGCUCCCCCGCUGCUCCUCAACGGACACCGCCAGCGAGCACUCAGCCGACCUCGAGGUUGUCGUAGACACUCAUGCGCACCCCAACACGCCCUCGCACAUGCCUUCGAGCCUACCCGACGCACUUGCUGAUGCCCUGGCCAAGGGGCUGAAGAACCAGCGUGUGCUUGCUCGCCAGCUCCAGAGAAGGAGCAGUGGUGAGGAGGAAUCUGGAGGCGGGGGAGGGAGGAGUGGAGGGGAGUGGUUGGAUGCGGUGUUUCGGGCCGGGGUCGUCCGAAAGGUCAGCGGUGAGUAUGGCAGCCUGGAAGUGCAGCUGAACGGUGAAAAGACAGUUUGCCGUUACCCUUACAGACACGAGGGGCCUCCAGGAGUUGUGGACAUCAUCCUGGAUGCCCCCCCACCUGGCACCCAGCCUGUGGCCAUUGGUGCCCGCGUCUGCGUGCCGUUUGGCAAUGAGGACAGCAGCGAGGGUCAGAGGCAGUGGUACAGAGAGGGUGUGGUCACACAGGUGGACACUCACCCAGCAGUGGCCAACCCCUACCGAGUUCUUCUGUCUGAGGAUAGAGUGCCUCCUGGUGACGAAGAAGGGGACAGCAGAGGGACCGCAGGUGCUCCCCAGGCAGUGUGGGUUUCCCGACAGAGCCUCCGACUCCUUGUGCCACCCUGGGAUCUAGACCUGCCCCCUGGGGGGGAAAGAGAGGGAGGAGAGGGGGAGAGAGAGCGAGAAGACAGGGAGGAGAUGGAGGUAGAGCAGGAGUUGUACCGUUUAAGUCAGGGCAUGGCGCCCAGUGUAGGGCCGGUGUUGGGGCAUGGGUUACCCUACCCCGGCAUGGCCCCAGCCUCCUCCACUUCCUCCUCCAAUGUAAGCUCCCCCGUCACACCGGCCUCAGUCCUCAGCCUGGUGCCUGGCAGGGACUGGGAGAGAGAGAAAGACCUAGAGCGGGAGAGAGAGCUCCAGAGGAAGCAAGAAAGAGAAAGGAAUGCCAAACCCCUACAUCAGCAUCACCCCUACAUGCCCCUCACCCCCGAAGAGGACAUGGAGGUAUCCCACUUCAACAUGGUCCCAAUGGGAGCCAUUGUUUCGGGGCCCAAACAUCGCCACAUUCUGUCCAAGCCCCCGCCAGGCUACCUCAGCCCCCACCUCCCUGUGAUGCGGGGCAUCGGGAUCCCCCCAACCCAUUUGGCCCUCAACCCCCACCCCCCUCCCUCUCCUGUUCUGCUGGGUCUCGACCCAGCGACUGCAGCUGUGGCAGCAGCGGGGGCUACAGUCAUUGCAACGCCUCAGCUCCCCCCUCUCCCCCCCAUCUCCUCUGCAACUGUUUCCUCCUCCCGGGCGGAGAAGUGCUUAUCGGGAGGAGGAGGGGUUGGGGGUUCAUCCGGGGGUGGCCCAAAUGGUGGUGGAGGCUCGGGGUCGGUCUCGACAUCCUCAUCAUCUUCACGUUCUCGGACUCCACUGACUGCGGCCCAGCAGAAGUACAAGAAGGGUGACGUGGUCUGCACGCCAACCGGCAUUCGCAAGAAGUUUAAUGGAAAGCAGUGGAGGCGGCUUUGCUCCCGUGAGGGCUGCUCCAAGGAGUCUCAGCGCCGGGGCUACUGCUCCCGGCAUCUCUCCAUGAGGACCAAGGAGAUGGAGGCCAGUGGAGGGGCCAGAGGGGAGCGAGGAGGUGCCAGCAGUACUGGAACUGUGACACCCUCUGACCUGCGGCUGGGAGGGGGGCGAGCCAGUUCGGAGUUUGAGUGGGACGAGACGUCCCGGGACAGCAGUGAGGCGAGCAGCCGUGGGGGAGACUCCCGCCCCCGCCUGGUGCUCCCUUCCCUCCUCCCCCAGGACCUCUCCCGCUUUGACUUCGAUGAGUGUGAAGCAGCAACCAUGCUGGUGUCCCUGGGGAGCUCACGCUCAGGGACGCCCUCAUUCUCCCCAAUCUCCAACCAAUCGCCCUUCUCCCCCACGCCCUCCCCCUCGCCCUCACCCUUGUUUGGUUUCCGCCCUGCCACCUUCAGCCCCAUCACUGCCCCCCCUUCCCUCACUCCACGGCGCCAUCGCCAGCUCAGUGGCACCAAACUGGGUACACCAGGCACAGAGCGGGAGCGCCACAUGUCGGGCAUUGUGCCCACCUUCCAGACCAACCUCACCUUCACGGUGCCCAUGAGCCCCGGCAAGAGGAAAAUGGAUGCCCAGCCACCACCUCCUCUAUCCACUGCCCAGGACUACCAGGCCAAACCAGAGCAGCAGCAGCUGGUUGGGGUGGGUGGAGGAAUUCCUGGCGAUCCAACUGUGGGUCUCAACCCUGCGGCCUUCAGAGUCCUCUCCCCCCAGAGCCAGCCAGGCACCCCCGCUUCCCUCUCUUUCCCCCGACCACGCAGUGCCACCAGCAGGCCCCCAUCCUCCGCUGCCUCCACCCCUCCACCCAUGCUGGUCUCCCCAACACCUCCUUCACCGCUGCCCCAGGAACCCUCCCCGCGACGGAUUGUGCCACUCCGUGACUCUCCUGUCAUUGUCCGCAACCCGGACGUCCCCCUGGCCAAGUUUUCUGAGGGUCCCCUAGGGAGGAGAGAGAGGAGUCGGUCGAGAGAGCACAGUCAGACUCCUCACCUAGCUCCCCCGGGCCUCCAGGCUCCAGUCCCCAUCAACGGGGCUGCCACCAAUGGAGCAGUCCUCCUUCGCAACCCCACGUCAACCUUGCUCCUUGUCACCUCCAGCUCAUCUUUGACUCCAGCCACAGCAAGCCAUGCUUCCCUGUCCAGCCCUGCCACACCGGGCUCAACAUCCACUUCCUCAGGCUCGGCCCUGUCCAGCUCUGGCUCCGGGGGCCGGGAUAAAGAGAGGAAGCCUGGGGGCCACCAGGAUGCCUCCGGAGGGACACUGCCUCAGCCCGUGGCCUGUCAUCCAUCGCCCACCGCUCUGCUACCUCUCAUACUGCCGGCAGAGUCCCCUCACCCAGCCCCACGCAAGGAUAUCAUCAUGGGGCGCCCAGGGACCGUUUGGACCAACGUGGAGCCUCGCUCGGUGCCAGUGUUCCCUUGGCAUUCAUUGGUCCCUUUCCUGGAGCCCAGCCAAUCAGGAGCAGCUGCCCAGCCUGCUGAUGGUCAACAGCUUGUCAAUCAGAGCAAAGAGCCUCGUUGUGGUGUGGCCCUGGUGAGUGAUGGGCGGACUGGCCCACCGGACGUGGAACAGGGUUCUCCGUCACGCCCGCCCCCCACCAGUGACAACCCGCCUACAGAGAGGAGCGGGGCUGACAGCGAGACAGAGAGCGACACAGACGACCCGUUCUUUCCGGGUGUGGCCAAUGACCCAGCGCCCUCUACUGGCCCCAUCAAGAGACGCACACAGUCCCUCAGCGCCCUCCCCAAGGAUGGAGACAGGAAGAGGGAGAAGGACCACAUCCGGCGUCCCAUGAACGCCUUCAUGAUCUUCAGCAAACGCCACCGCGCCUUGGUCCACCAGCGCCACCCCAACCAAGACAACCGCACCGUCAGCAAGAUCCUGGGGGAGUGGUGGUACGCCCUGGGCCCCAAUGAGAAACAGCAGUACCACGACCUCGCCUUCCAGGUGAAGGAGGCCCAUUUCAGGGCCCACCCAGACUGGAAGUGGUGUAAUAAGGACCGCAGGAAGUCCUUGUCAGAGGGACGAGGAACCCCCAAAGAAGCCCGGGAGAGGAGCAUGUCAGAGAGCACAGACCCCCAGUCAGGGUCCCAGGUUGUGGCGUCCCAGGUCGGGUUGGAGCGACGAGGUGGAGCCUUUGGGGGCCAGCUUCCCCGUCCCAGAGCCUUUUCCCAGAGUGCCGUUCACGCCCUGGAGCGCCGGGAGAGAGAGAGGGACCUGGAGAAGGAGGACGGGGCAAGUUUUUUUCGCAGUCGGCCCCUGCCUUUGUCCCUGUCCCAGCGAGGAGCAAGUGAGGAUGUGACCAGUGAUGAAGAGCGCAUGGUCAUCUGUGAGGAAGAGGGGGACGAUGACGUCAUGGAGGAUUCUUGCCCUGAAGGUUCCAUAGACCUCAAGUGUAAGGAACGGGUAACAGACAGCGAUGAGGAUGAACCAGAUGGACAGCCAGUGGCUCGCUCCUCUCUCCUUUCCUCUUCUCCCAGCAUCCCUCACUCCAGCUCCUCCACUCCUAAAGGGAGCACGUUGGGCGGGGGAGGAGGAGGAGGAGGAGGAGGGGAUAGUGGGGACAGCUCUGAGAGGAAGAGAAAGAGAGGGAUGGACGGAGGAGAGGAAGGGAGUGAGGGAGGAUCCAAGAGAGGAGGAGAAGCAGCUGCAGCAGUAGGAGGAGGAGGUGAAGUGAAGCAGACUGUCUCUGCGUCCAUCUCAGGUUCCAACAUCCAGACUACCUCCACCCUGGCCCAGCAUGGCCUCACCCAGGUCCUCGGUGCUGUCCGUAUGGCCCCCACCGUCGUGACCAACGUGGUACGGCCUAUUGCCAGCACGCCCAUUCCCAUCGCCAGCAAGCCAAUAGAAGGAGCUGUCACCCUCAGCCCCCUCCCUCAGGAUAGGAAAGCCACACUUCUGAUUGGUGGAGCUCGACCCCAACAGCUGCCAAUCACUGCAGGGGGUGGGUACCUGUCGUCAUCUCCCCCCUCCAAUACUGUCAGUGUAAGUGCUGCAGGCGGCAAUGGAUUGGUCACUAGCCUUGUUGUGGGAGGGGCCUUCCAAGCUGCCCAGCCAAUGCAGCUACUGUCCCCCCAACCCCAGCAGCCCUCCCUCUCCCUACUCCAGCCUCAGCUCCUCCCCACUGACACCACCUCCUCUCUCCUGCCCCCUGCUGGCGCCAAGUCGCUAUUGCAGUUCCAGUACCUCCUACCUAGUGACAGCCCCUCUGCCCCACCGCUAACCCAGCAGCCAACCGGUGUCCUCGCCCAGCCCUCUGCCCCGCCCACCAAUGCUUCCCUGGCCAAUGGUGUGCAGUCAGGGGCGGGAGUGGGGCUCAGAUAUGCGUCAGUCAGCCCUGGAACCAGAGUCCAAACUCAGUCACCGGUCUUGCAGAGUAAGAUGUUGGUUCCCAUGGCAACAGUGAGAACCGGGUCUACUCCUCCUCACCCUUCCAUCUCCCUGGUGGCUCCUCCUCUUCCCGUGCAGAACGGCCCCCCAACAGGAAACAAGAUCAUCCAGAUCGCCCCGAUGUCUGUGGUCCAAACCAACGUCCACCCUGCAGCAGCAGCAGUGCAUCCUGGGAGCCCCUUCCCAGUUUCCAUGGCAACAGUGAUGGCCCAGGGCCCCGUGCCACCACAGACUGUUAUACUGACCUCACCUCCCACCAGAAUCACCCAUGUGCAGUCCAGCCCAGGGGUUAGCUCAGCAACAGCCCAACAGGCCCCUCCCCCUCCAGGCCCCGCCUACUUGCCAUCACCGCUGGCAACUCUGGGCUUUACAGCCAUUGCACCUGCGGGACAAACCCUGGUCCAGCCAAUUGUUGCAGCCAGUCAGCAACCACUACUUGCUCCAGCCCCACCCCUCAGCUGUCAAUCACAGACUCCAACACAAGCCCCGGCAACCACUGGUCGCCAGGUGCUUACUGCUAUUUACCCGGCCCCAACAGUUACCCUGGCAACGGGCAUGGUCUCCAUGGCUUCCAUACCACCUGCAGUGGCGACAGCGGCCCAGAGCGCGUUGAACCCCUCAUCUCCAUCAGUAAUGGGGGCGCAGGGUUUAGAGGUGGUAACUCCCAUGCUCGGCAUGGCCGCAGAGGUCGAGCCGAAGGUGGAGGUGAAGAGGGACAGCCAGGAGGAUACUCAGGCAGAGGCCAUGGGACUGGGGGCCUACAGCGGGGCCUCAGCGGCUGUCUCCUUAGCAGCUUGCCCCCGAGAGGCAAACUCAAGGUGCAACGCUGCCGCAGUCAAACGGGAGGACGGCUUCAGUCACAUCACAGAGGUAAAGCUCAGCGAUGGACACAUGGGGGAGAGUCAGGGCGAGGUGGACGGAGAGCGAGGCAUGGUGAAGGAGGGCCAGGAGACAAAGAAGUGGGGCAGAGAGCUGGAGAGAGACGAUCCUGACAGCAGCGGCGGUGGUGGCAGCGCCAGAGAGGCAGGACCUCGCUCACCUCCUCUUCCAGCCUUGGGAUUGGACCCCCCUCUACCUCCUCCCCCUGCUGACAGAGACUCUGCCUCCUCCUCCUCAAAAAAGACCAAGUUCCGCCCCCCGCCACUCAAAAAGACACCCGAGUCUGUCGACAAGGUCUUGUCAGGGGCGUACUUCGAGGAGCGCUUUGCGGAGCUGCCGGAGUUUAAGCCAGAGGAAGUUCUUCCCUCCCCCACCCUGCAGAGCCUGGCCACCUCCCCACGAGCCAUUCUGGGGAGCUACCGCAGGAAGAGGCGCAACUCCACCGAGCUGGAGUUGGCCGGGGAGGACCCCAGCUCCCCGAGAAGGAAGACGCGCCGUCUGUCGAGCUGCAGCUCCGAGCCCAACACCCCUAAGAGCGCCGCCAAGUGUGAGGGUGACAUCUUCACCUUCGACAGAGCAGGUACAGAGGCAGAGGACGUUCUCGGGGAGUCGGACCGGGUUUCUCACUCCUCUCUACGCAGAACUCUGGACCAGCGCCGGGCUCUCGUCAUGCAACUCUUCCAGGAACAUGGUUUCUUUCCUUCAGCCCAGGCCACGGCUGCCUUCCAGGCGCAUUACUCAGACACCUUCCCCACCAAAGUCUGCCUACAGCUGAAGAUCCGUGAGGUCCGCCAGAAGAUCAUGCAGACAGCCACACCCGGGGCGCCCGAGACUGGGGGGUCAGCCGAGGUCAACCCCGCCCCCUCGCAAAGUUCCUCCUCCAAUCAGCAGGCCCGGGAGGACGGAGGGGCGGAGCAGGCAGAUAAUAAAGGCCGGAGCGCUGAUGAGCUGUGA